UUUCGGGUUAACAGACGACUUCCAGUAACAAUUUGUAACAAUUGUUACAAAUUUUAUGGUAACCAGACACACCUAAUCACAGUGGUAUAAUAGAAGAAGCACAGUUAAAGCAGAACGCAUCCUGUAGCAAUUCUAAAGCACUGGCUAAAAAUAAAUUAAUUCUAACAAUCAAGAGGUCCGUGGUGCGGUGUGUUUCAAUUGGUGACUAUUUUUUAAAAGAGCAAACCUGUGAGUUUUUUACAGAAAUCAUGAAACGUAUCUGUGUUUUAAAACCAAUGGAGCCAGAGCAUCAAACCAUACAUUUAAACUCUGGCAAAAAUAUAAUUGGGCGCCAAAAAGAAACAGGCAUACGGGAUGGCAAGUGUUCCAGACGACAAAUAGAAUUAGAUGUAGAUAUGGAAAAUGGAAAGAUUAAAGCUAAAGUUCUUGGACUUAAUCCAUGUGGUAUAAAUGGUUUGAUGAGCCUUCAACACUCAGAAUGUGAAUUGCAACAUGGUGAUGUAUUGGAAGUUGUCUAUGGUAGGCAUCCCUUUGAAAUACAUUUUAAGCCUCCUCCAGAGAAGCCUGUAAUUUGCGAAGAGGUCGAAGAUUUUGAAAUGAAUAAUAAAAAUAUUGAAGAAGCGCCUGCAGAUUUCUGGAGUGACGUUGAAAAAGGCAAAAUGUUGGUGUUUACAAGCAAAGGCGUUAAAGCAUCCGAAAAAAUUGCAUCAUACGAUAUGGACGGCACAAUAAUAAAAACUAAAUCGGGUAAUGUUUUUCCUAAAACCUGCGAUGAUUGGAUGCUUAACUACCCGGAGGUGCCAAAGAAACUCAAAGCCCUAAAGGAAGAUGACUUUAAAAUUUGCUUUUUUACAAAUCAAGGAGGUAUUGCCAAAGGCAAAACCGACUUGAAUGAAUUUAAGCAAAAGAUAAAGCUGAUUAUUGCAAAAUUGCAGGUGCCCGUGCAGGUUUUUAUAGCUAUUACAGACGGUUAUUACCGUAAACCAUUGCCUGGGAUGUGGGAGCAUUUAGAAAAACAUGCCAACAAUGGUAUACGCAUCAGCAAAGAAAAAAGUUUUUUCGUUGGGGAUGCUGCUGGACGGCCGGAAAUCGGAAAGGGAAAAACAAAACGUAGGAAAGAUCAUUCUCUGGCAGACCGCCUUUUUGCAUAUAACGUAGGUUUGCGAUUUUAUACUCCAGAAGAACAUUUCUUGUCAGAAAAACAAGAAGACUGGAUUAGACCUGAAUUUGAUCCAACCAAAGAUUUUUCAUGUCUUCCAUUAUUGGAACCCAAGGAUACUAUUUUGCCAGCUGAACAGUGUGAAAUGAUAAUUAUGGUCGGGUUGCCUGGAUCAGGAAAAUCACAUUUUUGUAAGAAGAACUUGGCCACAAUUGGCUAUACGAUAGCUAAUGCCGAUACAGUUGGUAGUAUUCAGGCCUGCUUGAAAAUUUGUGAAAAUUCAUUGAUAUCAUCUAAGUCUUGCGUAGUAGAUAAUACAAACGUUGAUGCUGGAAGUCGAAAAAAAUUCAUAGAUCUUGCUAAGAAAUUUAAAGUACAAUGUCGAUGUUUUGUGAUGAAUAUAAGUGUGGCCCAGGUUAAACAUAACAUAGCAUUUCGCCAACUUACAGACUCAAGCCAUACGAAAAUAAAUGAAAUGCUUUUAAACAUGAUGAAAAAGAAAUUUGCCCAACCUCAGCUGGAAGAAGGAUUUACGGAAAUAAUUAAGGUCAAUAUAAAGCCAGUAUUUGAUCGAGAAGAUUGGAAACGCCUUUAUACAAUGUAUUUGGUAGAUAAAUAAAAACUAAUAUUAUUUGAUAAUUGUACGAAAUUGAGAUUUUAAAAUGGAAAUGUUUGAAACAAAUACACUAGUAGUAGCAUA